UGUUUAAUCAAAUUAAUAUAUUUUUCAAGGCAACAUAGUGGAGUAGUAGUUCUCUCUUCUUCCUUGUGUAAUUCAUCUGCUAAACCUAGACACAGAAAUGCCGAAGCAGCGCUGGCGCAACUCGUUUAAAUCCUUUAUCGAUCCCACUGAAGAAGAUCAGCUCAGAGGAAUCAAAACAGAAAUUGAUGGAAAUGUGCAGAAAAUCGUCAAUUUUCUGAAAGAAAAAGACGGUGAUGAUAGGAAAGACGAGGUGGCGGAUUUGAUUCAGGAUUUCCACAGACAGUACGAGUCGCUUUAUGCUCGUUAUGAUCAUCUAUCUGGAAAACUUAGGGAUAAGUUUCGUGUCAAGAGCGGGAAAGACAGUGCCUCCUCGAGCUCAGAUUCGUCGGAUUCUGAUGAUUCUCUGGCAAAAUCGCGGGAAGAAUUGGGGAGGAAAUUGGCGGCCGCUGCAGAUGACAAGGAAGCACUGCAUCAGGAAUAUCUGAGUGAUGUAAAGAGGCUAAACGCUGAUGUCUCCUUGUUGCGAGAAGAGAAUGCGCAGCUGCAGUUUAGGAAUUCUGAGAUGGAGAAAGUGUUGGCGGAGAAAGAGAGUGAAAUCUCGAAAUUUGGGGAAAGAGAGAGUGAGUCAUCUGCGCGGAUUGUGGCAUUGGCUGCAGAUGUGAACAAUCUCCGAGAGCAAUUAGGGCAUACGAUUGAUCAGAAAAGUGAGGCAGAUAGGGUUAUUGAGAAACAGCAACAAGAAAUGUCUGAGGUGUUGAUUCAGAUUGAGAAUUUGAAAGAGGAAUUGUCGCUGGCGGAGAAUCGGAACACUGAAUUAGGGCACAAGAUUGUAGAACAGAAAAGAGAAACGGAAGAACACAGGGAUGAACUCCUGAGAUUGAGUGAGGAGCACAAGCAAUUGGAAGGCCGGUUUAGGGAUUGCAAUGAGAGACUCGCUAUAUCGGAGAAGAGAACAGAGGAGAUCUCUGAUCAGUUCCGCGGAAGCAUGGCUGUUAAAAAUCAGGACAUCGAUCAGCUCGAAGAAACUAUAGAAGAUCUGAAAGCAGAGCUGGAGAUUAAAGAGGAUGAACUUAGCUCAUUGACAGAGAAUAUGAGGGCUACUGAGGUUAAGCAGCGGCUUUCGGGUCAGAAGCUCCGGAUCACAGAGCAGGUAUUGAGUGAGAAGGAAGAGAUCCACCAGAAGAGAGUUGAGAAGUUGCAGGAAGAGAAGGAGUUGCUUGAAGGGAGGAUUGCUUCGCUGGCCGGGAUAGUUUCUGUAUACAAGGGAGCUCAACUGAGUCUGGUUGGAGAAAUCUCUGAGAAGAUGAAUGAGACCUUGAAUGGGAUUGACACAUUUAGUAUGAAGUUUGAGGAGGACUACGGCCACUUGGAGUCGCGGGUUUAUGAAAUCGGGAAUGAGCUUAAGGUUGUGGUGAACUGGAUAACCGGGAACAAUGCUGAGAAAGAUGAGAUGAAGAAGGAGAUUGGGUGUUUAGUUGAGAAAGUGUUGGUGUUGACAGGGAAGGUUAAUGAGAUGGAGAUGAUACUGCAGAAGAACGAGGAGGAGAGGAAAAGCCUAAGUGAGACGGUGAGACAACAUGAGGAGAAGGCGAAGGAGUUGAAGAUGGUGAUAGAGGAGAGGGAUGGGAGGUUGGGAGAAUUGGAGAGGAAGAUGAGUGAGAAAGAUAAUGGUAUGUUGAGCUUGAGUGAGGAGAAGAGAGAGGCAAUAAGGCAGUUGUGCAUUUGGAUCGAUUUUCACCAUGAUCGCUACGAAGAUCUGAAAGACAUGAUGUUGAAGAAGAGGGGUGGUGGAACAAGGCAGAUUGCUGCUUGAUGUGAAUCCAGAGAAUGUUAGUAGUGUUAUUUGUUUGUAAGUUUUUUUGUAUGUGUUUGUGGUUUGGAGUUUGGAUGGAUGGUAAAUGCUUGUUUGUGUGUCAAAAUUUGUUUUGAUUGUUUGGAUGAUGUGUUGUAUCUAUAGGCAAACAUUCAACUUAUCUCUUAUUAUAUGUUGAAAUCUCA